UCAACAGUGCUCGCCUGCUCACGUUCAGCUGCGCCCAUAGAGGAUAGAGCGAACAGAAACAAUACCGUUCCCUGCCAAAAAACUGGAUAUCUCACAACGGGAGCCAUAAUUAGUCCAUUCUGGAUGUACAGAAGUCACUCUGUCUCUGUAUGGAAAAAUCGCUUACUUGUGAAAACAUUGGUGCUUCUGUAGUGAACCGCAGACUACUUUUGGGGUCAGUAUGUUCAACUUAAUGAAAAAAGACAAGGAGAAGGAUGGCGUUAGGAAGGAGAAAAAAGACAAGAGAGACCGGAGGGAACGUAUGUCAGCAGCUGAGCUCCGAAGCCUUGAUGAGAUGAGCAUGAGACGGGGUUUCUUCAACCUCAACCGGAGCUCCAAACGGGACUCCAAGAACAAGUUGGAGAUCUCGAACCCGAUCCCUAUUAAAGUCGCCAGCAGCACUGAGCUCAACCUGACUGACAUUGAGUCGGACGGCCUCAGUAACCGCAGCAGCAUGGUCCUGGAUGCAGAUCAGCUCAGUGCAGCCAGUUCCAGUGACGAUCUGAAGGGCGAUUAUGGCCAAGAUGGACACCGGAGCUCUGUCAAGGAGCGGGCGGCCAGGUUCGGCUCCCUCGCCAUGCAGAACUCACAAAUGGGUUCCAUCAUGAAGCGCUUCUCCUUUUCUCAGAGGAAUAAAGAUGAAAGUCCAUCCGAAGGUUCCACACCUUCUGGGCAGAACUCGGCUGCCCCGUCUCCGCAGGUUGAAACCAAGAUAUUUGACCCCCAACGUAAGCCAAGUCUUCAGCAUCAUCAGCAACAGUCUUCUACUGGGAAAAAAGUGCAGGUUCCUGAGAUUGUGGAUAAGACGUUUUCAGCGGACCUCCGCUUGCCUGCUGUAGUGCCCCCGCAGACACCCGAAGUUCGGGAGCUGGUUCUCCAGAGGCGGAGCACUGGAGAUUUCGGGUUCUCCUUGCGACGCACCACCAUGUUGGACCGUGGCACGGAUGGAGGGGUAUAUCGCCGAGUGGUCCACUUUGCGGAACCAGGUGCCGGCACCAAGGACCUGGCUCUUGGUUUGGUCCCCGGAGACAGGCUGGUGGAGAUCAACGGGCGAAAUGUGGAGAACAAGAACAGGGAUGAGAUCGUGGAGAUGAUUCGGCAGUCAGGCGACACGGUUCGGUUGAAAGUUCAGCCCAUCCUGGAGCUAAGCGAGCUGAGCCGAUGCUGGCUGAGGAACACCGAAGGGCUGCGGCGGGAAGCAUUUGACCUGGAACCUGUGGCCAGUGCCUCUGCGUCGUCUCAGGUACAGGGCCCCUCUGGGGAUGGCUCUUCCCCUACUGCGCCCCUCCAUGGCUUGGCCCGAGUGUGCGCUCAUGUGGCCUGUUGGAGUGGACAGGUGGAGGAGGAUCCCGUGGCAAUUCUAAAGGCAGACCAUGCCGCUGCCGCCCAUCCUAAGGUGAAAACAGAGGAGCAGAUAGCUGCAGAGCAAGCAUGGUACGGCUCAGAGAAAGUGUGGCUGGUCCACAAGGAUGGAUUCUCUCUGGCCACUGUGGUGAAGACGGAGACUGGCAGUCUACCAGAGGGGAAAGUGAAAAUCAAACUGGAGCAUGAUGGGACGGUACUGGACGUGGACGAGGAUGACAUAGAGAAGGCGAACCCGCCGUCAUUUGACCGCUGUGAGGACUUGGCAGCUCUGCUCUACCUGAAUGAGUCCAGUGUUAUGCAUUCCCUGCGCCAGCGCUAUGGAGGAAACCUCAUCCACACAUACGCGGGGCCCAACAUGGUGAUCAUCAACCCUACCAGCGCCCCCUCCAUGUACUCAGAGAAGGUGAUGCACAUGUUCAAAGGCUGCCGACGAGAAGACACGGCCCCUCAUAUAUAUGCAGUGGCUCAAUCUGCCUACCGAAACCUUUUGACAACACGACAGGACCAGUCCGUCGUGCUGCUGGGAAAGAGUGGCAGUGGCAAGACCACAAACUGCCAGCAUUUAGUUCAGUAUCUGGUGUCCAUCGCCGGCAGCACUGGAAAGAUCUUUACUGCUGAGAAAUGGCAAGCGGUCUACACAAUCUUAGAGGCCUUUGGAAACAGUGCCACCUCCAUGAACAAUAAUGCAAGCCGCUUCUCCCAGAUCGUCUCGCUGGAUUUUGACCAGGCUGGUCAGGUGGCCUCUGCCUCUAUCCAGACCAUGCUGCUGGAGAAGCUGAGGGUGGUGAAACGACCAGAGACGGAGUCCACUUUUAAUGUUUUUUAUUACAUGAUGGCUGGAGCAGACAGCACACUCAGAACGGAGUUGCAUUUUAACCACUUUGCAGAGAACAGUGCUUUUGGGAUUGUGCCUCAAACUAAGUCUGAGGACAAGCAAAAGGCAUCACAACAGUUCACUAAACUGCAGGCAGCUAUGAAGGUGCUGGGCAUCUCUUCUGAUGAACAGAAAGCUCUGUGGCUCAUCCUUGGGGCCAUAUACCACCUUGGAGCUGCGGGGGCCACAAAAGCAGAGGCUGAUGAAGCGGGCCGGAAGCAAUUUGCUCGUCAUGAGUGGGCCCAGAAGGCGGCUUACCUCUUGGGUUGCACCCUAGAAGAGCUCUCGUCUGCUAUCUUCAAACACCAGCCCAAAGGAACCUUACAGAGAUCCACCUCAUUCCGCCAGGGACCAGAUGAUGUUGGGACAGGAGACAACUCGGCUCCAAAGAUCACAGCUCUGGAGUGUCUGGAGGCCAUGGCUGCUGGACUCUACUCUGAGCUCUUUACUCUGGUCAUCUCACUUGUUAACCGAGCGCUGAAGUCGAGUCAGCAUUCCCUGUGCUCUCUGCUUAUUGUGGACACACCAGGAUUCCAGAACCCAAAGUUAGCCAAGCGGAACCGUGGCGCCACCUUUGAAGAGCUGUGCCACAACUACACCCAAGAACGUCUCCAAACGCUUUUCCACGAACGCACCUUUGUACAGGAGCUAGAGCGCUACAAGGAGGAAAACAUAGAGCUUGCAUUAGAUGACAUAGAGUCCAGUACAUCACUAUCUGUAUCAGCUAUAGACCAAGCCUCCACUCAAGCAUUGAUACGGACCUUGGCCAGGACAGAUGAGGCGAGGGGCCUGCUGUGGCUGAUGGAGGAAGAAGCUCUGCAGCCCGGAGGCUCAGAGGAAACCCUGCUGGAGAGACUCUUCAGUUAUUACAGCCCUGUGGACGGAGAGAGCAAAGGCCCUGCCCUGCUGCUGAAGAGUGAGAAGGCACAUCACUUUCUGUUGGGUCACAGCCAUGGGACUGACUGGGUGGAGUAUGAUGCUCGGGGCUGGUUAAGCCAUGCCAAACAGAAUCCUGCCUCUCAGAAUGCGGCCAUAUUACUGCAGGACUCUCAGAAGAAGAAUAUCAGCUGCUUGUUUAUGGGGCGUUCAGGGGGAGCCACAGUUUUGUCAGGCUCUAUUGCUGGGCUUGAGGGCGGAUCACAGCUGGCCCUGCGCAGGGCAACAAGCAUGAGAAAGACCUUCACCACUGGUGUGGCCGCUGUUAAAAAGAAGUCCCUCUGCAUCCAGAUUAAACUGCAAGUGGAUGCACUGAUAGACACAGUGAGGCGGUCCAGGGUGCACUUCGUGCACUGUCUGCUGCCUAAAGCAGAGACUUCAGCUGGGGAUUUGAAGGUGCUGGGAGGACCCUCGUCUCGCUCUGGGGAGAUAGACGCACAUGGAGAAAGCUGUGACAACGGCCUCAUGCAGCUGGAUGUGUGCUUGCUCCGGGCGCAGCUCCGUGGCUCCAAACUGCUCGACGCCCUCCGUAUCUACCGUCAAGGUUAUCCCGAUCAUUUGGUCUUUUCGGAGUUCCGUCGCCGCUUUGAUGUGCUGUCUCCCCAUCUGACGAAGAAGCAUGGGCGGAACUACAUCGUAACCGAUGAGAGAAGGGCUGUCGAAGAGCUGCUGGAGUCUCUUGAGCUGGAAAAAAGCAGUUAUCACAUGGGCUUGAGCAGGGUGUUCUUCAGAGCAGGUGUUUUGGCUAAGUUAGAGGAAAACCGAGAUAUCCAGACCAGACGCAACAUCACCCUGUUUCAGGCUGCAUGCAGGGGCUACCUGGCCCGACAUGCCUUCAAGAAGCGGAAGAUCCAGGACUUGGCAAUCCGCUGCAUCCAGAAAAACAUCAAGAAGAACCGGGGUGUGAAAGGCUGGCCGUGGUGGAAGCUCUUCACCACCGUCCGUCCUCUCAUCGAGGUUCAGCUUACUGAGGAACAGAUCCGCGGCAAAGACGAGGAAAUUCAGCAACUCAAGUUGAAGCUGGAAAAAGUGGAGAAGGAGAGGAAUGAGUUGAGACUCAAUAGUGACCGACUGGAAAGCAAGAUAACUAGACCCUUUCUACAUCAUGAUGUGAAGACAAGCCAUUUUGCAAUGAUUGUGUUUUCAGGAGGAGAAUGGAGGCUCAAGUAUGAGAGAGCCAUCAGAGAGAUUGAGUUUACCAAGAAGAGACUCCAGCAAGAGUUUGAUGACAAACUGGAGGUGGAGCAGCAAAACAAGAGGCAGCUGGAGAGAAAGCUGACAGACCUGCAGGCAGACAAUGAAGAGGUGCAGCGCGUGUCGCAGCAGCUGAAGAAGAAAUGCCAGAGACUGACAGCCGAGCUGCAGGAUACCAAACUGCACCUGGAGGGGCAGCAGAGCCGCAACCAUGACCUGGAGAAGAAACAGCGCAAGUUUGACUCGGAGCAGACUCAGGCUCAGGAGGAGGUGCAGAGAGAGAAGAGUCUGCGAGAGAAACUGAGCAGAGAGAAAGACAUGCUGACCGGGGAAGUGUUCAGCCUUAGACAACAACUGGAGGAUAAGGAUCUGGAGAUAUGUGCUGUCAAUCUAAAGCUCGAGCAAAUGGAGGCUGAGCUUCAAGAUCUCAACUCACAGGAGUCAAAGGACGAGGCGUCAUUGGCCAAGGUUAAAAAGCAGCUUCGUGACCUUGAGGCAAAGGUCAAAGAUCAAGAAGAAGAACUUGAUGAGCAGGCUGGAACCAUUCAGAUGCUGGAGCAGGCCAAGCUUCGUCUGGAGAUGGAGAUGGAGAGACUGAGACAGACGCAUUCGAAAGAGAUUGAGAGCAAAGACGACGAGGUGGAGGAGAUCAGACAGUCCUGCAGCAAGAAGCUCAAGCAAAUGGAGGUGCAGCUGGAGGAGGAGUAUGAAGAGAAGCAGAAGGUCUUGCGUGAGAGGAGAGACCUGGAAGCCAAGCUGAUGAGCACUCAAGACCAGGUGAGCCACAGAGAUGUGGAGACAGAAAAGCGUCUGAGAAAAGACCUUAAGCGCACAAAGGCCUUGCUGGCUGAUGCCCAGAUCAUGCUGGAUCACCUGAAGAACAACGCUCCCAGCAAGAGAGAGAUCGCUCAGCUCAAGAACCAGCUCGAGGAGUCAGAGUUCACUUGUGCUGCUGCAGUCAAAGCCCGAAAGUCAAUGGAAGUGGAGAUCGAGGACCUCCAUGUCCAAAUGGAUGACAUAUCUAAAUCCAAGCAGGCGCUUGAAGAGCAGCUGAGCCGUUUGCAGAGGGAGAAGAAUGACCUGCAGUCUCGCAUGGAGGAGGAUCAGGAGGACAUGAACGAACUCAUGAAGAAACACAAAGCCGCCGUUGCCCAGUCCACACAGAAUCUGGCCCAGAUCAGUGACCUGCAGGCCCAGCUGGAGGAGGCCAUGAAGGAGAAACAGGACGUCCAGGAGAAGCUCACAGCCCUGCAGAGUCAGCUAGAGUUCCAAGAGCAGUCCAUGGUGGACAAGUCUCUGGUCAGCCGGCAGGAGGCCAAGAUCCGUGAGCUGGAGACCAAGAUGGAGUUUGAGAAGACACAGGUCAAACGCUUGGAGAGUCUUGUAGCGAGGCUGAAAGAGAAUCUCGAGAAGUUGACUGAGGAACGAGACCAACGCAGUGCCAGCGAGAACCGGGAGAAAGAGCAGAACAAGCGUCUCCUGAGGCAGAUCCGAGACAUCAAGGAGGAGAUGGCCGAGCUGGCCAAGAAGGAAGCGGAAGCCAGCCGCAAGAAACACGAGCUGGAAAUGGAUAUUGAGAGUUUGGAAGCAGCCAACCAGAGUCUCCAGGCAGAUCUCAAGCUGGCCUUCAAGAGGAUCGGAGACCUCCAGGCUGCUAUUGAGGAUGAGAUGGAGAGUGAUGACAAUGAGGAUCUCAUCAACAGUUUACAAGACAUGGUGACUAAGUAUCAGAAACGAAAGAACAAGAUCGAGGGCGCCUCUGAUACCGAUUCUGAGGUGGAGGACCGCGUUGACGGGGUGAAAUCAUGGCUGUCCAAAAACAAGGGCUCUGCCAAGAACAUGUCAGAUGAUGGUAGUCUGAAGAGCUCAAGAUUUGCUGUAAAUGUUGACGGAAAGGAGGGAAAAGAGUGGGAAGAGGGUAAAGAAUGGAAAGACAGUGGCAAAGGUAAAGAGUUAGAAUCCAGCAGGCCUGUGUCUGUCAUGAGUUCCCUCAGCUACAGGAAACGCUCCAACAUGAAGGACUCCAUUGGAGGUAAGGGAGACGAGAGUUCGCUCCUCAACACCCUCAAAGAACAAUCUGAUUCCCAGGAGCUCUCCUCCUUCCGCAAGUACAAAGUCAAGCAGGAAGCUGAGGAUGACUCCUAUUCUGUCAACUCCUGGAAGAAGGCAGGAGAUGAUCUUGACGAUCGGGGUUCUGUCAUCUCUCAGGCCUACUCGGAAGCGGCCAGUCGGGCAAGGAAGGGUAUGGACAGCCGCUGGUCGGAGUUCGAUAAGGAGUCCGUUGUGUCCUCUGUAGCCCCGGGCCGGGUUUCCACCCACCGUACUGCGAUGGAUAUAGAUGAUGAUGCUAUUUCCAGCGCGAGUCGCAUGAGUUCAGUAAGCCGGCGUCGGAGCAUGCCUCGUCUUGACGACCGCCAGAGUGAAUACGGUUCAGCCAUCAGCCCCAGCCUGAGCCACCGCAGCCCAGGCAGUGUGAGUCGCGCCGACUCCCGCAUGUCGCUGUCUCGCAGCUGUCGCCUCAGUGAAUUUGACGUGGAUGAUGAUGCCCAAAGCAUAGCAUUCAGCGAGGCACGCUCCAGCGCUUACAGCCCUCACUCAACUUCCGGCCGAAGCUUCUCCAUGCCUCCACAAGCCCGGACUACUGACUCCAGCCCGCCUGACAUCUCGGACGUCAAGCCGGUCAGUCACCGCAACUACCUGGACCCUGACCUGGAGGCCGCCAUUAAUGAAGUGUUAAGCUUCAAACCUAUCAAGUUCAAGCGCACCAGCUUGGAAGACUCUGAAGCGGAGAAAGAUAAACCGGGUGAGGAGGAGCAUGACCGGAAGAGUGCCAGCAGUUCCAGGACUGGCAGAGACAGUGGCCGUUCCUCCAGCUUGCGCCGUUCUGCUUCAGCCGUGGACUUUAUGUGUUCCAGCAGUAGCCUUAGCACACGCAGCAGCCGCAGCAAGAAGGGCAAGAGCAAGAAGAAGAAGAAGAGAAGCCACAGCUCGGAAUCAGACAGCUCUGAUGAUGACCGCAAGAAGAAGAGCUCCAAGAAGAAGAGCAAGAAGUCCAAGAAGAAGUCCAAGAAAGAGUCUUCGUCUUCCUCCUCAUCCUCGGCGUCUGAGUCUAGCACAGAGUCGGACUCCAGUUCAGGAGCGUCCACUAUUUCUUACAGAAGCUCCAGCAGUAUCAAGAAAGCCCCUGGCAGGCAGGCCUCAGGCUCUGAGGGAGAGCUGGAGCCUGAAGGCCCCUCUGAAGGACCUCCUCCACUGUCCAAGAAAGAGGAGAAGAAGAGGAAGAAGAAAGUGGACAAUCUUGUGAUGAAGUACCUGUACAGGCCUGACAGUGACUAAAGAUGGCAGUAGCCCACCCUCAGGUCGCAGACGCUUCUGCCAUGACAGAUCUGACGAGGAAGAGGAAGAAGAAAAAGAGGAAGGGAGCG